GACUAAUUUUGGCGCGUGCAAAAUAUCAAACUUAUUAGACGAAGUGAAAAGUUUAUUGUAGUAAAAAUAUGUUUAAUAAAGUGCAUAUUUUAUCUGUUGGUUAUUCUCAAUGUGAUCCGUUAGAUUCCAAGAGCAUGAAAGCAAACUGCAGUUCGACUUUAAUUAAGACUUACUGCGGUAAAAAUAUUAUUGUGGAUACGAUGACCGCUUGGGAUGGCGACUUUAUUGUGAAAGCCUUAAAGGAACAUUCGCUGGAACCCAACGAUAUUAAUUACGUCGUAUGCACUCAUGGACACUCAGACCAUAUUGGAUGUAAUUAUCUUUUCGUUAAUGCGGAGUGGCACUUUGUUGGUUCAUGCAUGUCCCAUCAAGAUAAAUAUCCCGACUACGACUGGGAGCACCCAUAUUCACUGGUUGAGGGGGAAGUUGAGAUAAUUCGUACUCCGGGGCAUACUUUGAAUUGUGUUUCGUUGAUUGUUAACAACACUGACUUGGGAGGUACUGUUGGUGUUUGUGGCGAUUUAUUUGAAAAUAGUCAAGAUGUGUGGGAUUCUCAACUAUGGAUAAGUGCCGGUUCGGAAAACCAAAAAAUGCAGAAGGAAAACCGUUUAAAGCUAGCCAAAUUGUGCUCUUAUAUAAUUCCAGGACAUGGGGAAGGGUUUGUUGUUACCGAUGACAUUAGAAAUAAGCUACAACAAGAUUGCAAUGAAAUUUAAAUAUAAAUAAAAUGCACGCA